GAGCCCGGUUGUGUGACGCAAAAUCUAAGCCCUAUUCUGCUACUACCUUCAAUUUCUCUCGUAUCUUCCUCUUCCUCCUCCGAGAAACACAAACGAACACGUUACAGAACAAUCGCCGCCGCCGUCGUCCGAUAAUCUUCAUCUUAGUUACUAUCUCUUCUUCUGAAACAAUGGCGACUGUCAUGCAAAAGAUCAAAGACAUCGAAGAUGAGAUGGCAAGGACUCAAAAGAACAAAGCAACAGCUCAUCAUCUAGGCUUGCUCAAGGCUAAACUUGCAAAGCUACGAAGAGAACUUCUUACACCUUCAUCAAAAGGAGGAGGUGGUGCUGGUGAAGGUUUUGAUGUUACAAAAAGUGGAGAUGCAAGAGUUGGUCUAGUAGGUUUCCCUUCAGUGGGGAAGUCUACUCUUCUUAACAAGUUGACUGGGACAUUUUCAGAGGUUGCUUCUUACGAAUUCACUACAUUAACUUGUAUCCCUGGUGUCAUCAUGUAUAGAGGGGCUAAAAUCCAGUUAUUGGAUCUCCCUGGUAUUAUUGAGGGUGCUAAAGAUGGAAAAGGUAGAGGAAGACAGGUCAUCAGCACUGCUAGGACAUGCAAUUGUAUACUAAUCGUUCUUGAUGCAAUAAAACCAAUAACUCACAAGCGUCUUAUUGAGAAAGAGCUUGAAGGAUUUGGCAUAAGGUUGAACAAGGAACCACCUAAUUUGACAUUCAGAAAGAAAGACAAGGGUGGUAUUAACUUCACCACCACAGUGGCAAAUACUCACCUGGACCUUGAAACUGUAAAGGCAAUAUGUAGCGAAUACAGAAUUCACAAUGCUGAUAUCACUCUGAGGUAUGAUGCAACUGCUGAUGAUCUAAUUGAUGUCAUUGAGGGCAGUAGGAUAUAUAUGCCUUGCAUCUAUGUCCUGAACAAGAUUGAUCAGAUUACACUUGAAGAGCUGGAGAUUUUGGAUAAGCUUCCUCAUUACUGCCCAGUCAGUGCUCACCUGGAGUGGAACCUAGAUGGUCUCCUGGAUAUGAUAUGGGAAUAUCUUGAUUUAACUCGAAUAUAUACGAAGCCGAAGGGGAUGAAUCCAGACUAUGAAGAUCCUGUUAUCCUGUCAUCAAAGAAGAGGACAGUUGAAGACUUCUGCAUCCGAAUCCAUAAAGACAUGCUUAAACAAUUUAAGUAUGCACUUGUAUGGGGAUCAAGCGUGAAACACAAGCCCCAAAGAGUUGGCAAGGAUCACGAACUCGAGGAUGAAGAUGUCGUUCAGAUUAUCAAGAAAGUGUGAUUACAGGAAAAUGGAGUCAUUGUGGAACUCUUCAGUUUGUCCACGUUUGAAGAAGUCAUCUUGUUCACAAACUGUCAGCUGCCAGUGCUGUAAAUUAGGUAGAAGAGACAGCUUGGUGUGUAAUUAAGCCAUUUUGUUGUCAAGCUCCUUUGCUCUGAUCUGCUCAUUGCAUGUUUUUGCCUUCUUACAAUAGUAUUCUUCUCGAAACCUAGAAUAAGACCAAAGUGCAAUAGAACCAGUCGGAAAAAUUUUGUGAACUUCUGAGAGAAUUGGCAUUGAUGACUUUAAUAAUUCAAUUCCAUCCUUAAUAGUCCUUGUUUGAUGUUAACCUUCGCAACAUGCUAAAUGCAGGAUGCAGAACAAAUAAGCUAUUAGCGGCACGAUAUGAUCUGACAGAUCGUCAUAACUUUUUUGAUUUUGGAUGGAAUCAGGGAAUGAUUAGUUUAAAAUUAAUUAUUUCUGUUUUCAACGGAUUAAGCUGCCUGUCUUAUCACCAUUAAGCUGCAAAGGAUUGGACCAGAGUGGAAGGAAGGUAUUGCAGCCAUGGGCACAAGAAUUGGUUCCCAUUCCCGCUCAUGGUUAAGCCACAUUAUCACCAUUUUUCCAAGCAAAUUUUCUUUCAUGUCAUAUCACCGGGAUAUCAGCCUAAUCUGUAAUCUCCAAAUUAUUUCUAGAAUUCGCAUUUCAAGACUUCAACUCCACCUUUACUUCAUUAGUCUUCGUUCAAAUUACAUCAGUAGUUUUCAUGAUGUAGUACUCAAGAAAAGAGGACGUUGAGAUACAUAAAUCAUCACCAAAUUUAAUAAGCAUAUUAUCUUUUCCCAUCUGAAGAGAAGCAGAA